CCCCCCCCGGAGUCUCCCAGAUCUCUCAUCUUCGUGAUUUCGAGUUGCGAGGGAGUAGUAGUAAAUAAAUAUACGAGCGAAAAAAACAGCGGAGGUCGCUUAUUUAGCCAUAUAUACCUUAUAUAUACCUGUUUUUUUUUGUCGAGUAUUUAGAGUACCUAGAGUAGACGGACUCCUCCCCCAGAAAGCCGCGAUGAAAAACGACGUCGGCAUCGACAAGAAGCUAAUCAGUCCGGCGUCGCCCAUCCCGCUCCCGCGCAAAGACGCCGUUGAAAUGCCGCCGUCCGGGCUCCAGCAGCAGCGAUGGAACACGAAGAACCUAGGCUUAAGACUAGGCGCCGACCUGACGAGUGCGGCGUGCGCCGCGUCGAUAGUCGCGCCGCUCAUAGCCAUCAUUGACAGAUCGAUAAUGGAGAACGCGUCCGGCCGGAACACGCUCGGCAACAGCCUGCGGGCGUCCCUGCGGACGCUCCUCCGGCGCCCGCACGCCGUGCUCGUCUCGAAGCCCGUCGCCCUCGUCUUCAUGCUGUACGGCGGCACGUACCUGACGGCGAACACGCUGGACACGGCCACGGCCACGGUGCGCAACGCCCCCGCCGCCGGCGUCACGAGCGGGACCGCCAAGUUCGCCGCCUCGAGCGCCGCCAACGUCGGCCUGUGCGUCUACAAGGACCAGGUGUUCGUGCGCAUGUUCGGCCCGCCCGCCGCGCACCGCGGGCCCCCGCGCCCCGUCCCCCUGCCGAGCUACCUGCUCUUCACGCUGCGCGACUGCCUCACCAUCUUCGCCUCCUUCAACGUCCCGCCCGUGCUGGGGCCGUACCUCGACGAGCGCGUCCUGGGCGCGUCCCUGCGCUCCCGGGUCGGCGGCACCACCCUCGCGCAGUUCGUCGCCCCCGCCGCCGUCCAGCUCCUGUCCACCCCCGUGCACCUGCUCGGCCUCGACCUGUACAACCGGCCGGCGGGCCAAGCGUCCUGGCGCGAUCGCUGGCUCCAGGUCCGCAAGAACUGGGCCGUCAGCGCCGCCGCCAGGAUUUGUAGGAUAGUCCCCGCGUUCGGGCUCGGCGGCACCGUCAACUCUAAGGUACGGAAAAAUCUUAUGGAGAAGCUUGCUUGAGGAUACACAGACACACGCAUAUAUAUAGAGAGAGAGAGAAAGAGAGAGAG